AGCAACCUCAACUAUGACCAUAAUCAUAUCUGCGCCAAACAACCACACUUUCUGAUUCCCGCCAAGAUUUCGGUGGUAUUUUGAGGCAAAACAUAAGCCUCUGUCAUAAUUCUCACAGUCUGCUCUCGCUUGACAGGUCCUGUAGCCUCCCCAGCGCAAACCCAGAGCUCUCUCACCAUGUCUUCGCACGAGACACUAUCCGCAGCAGCCAAUGACCGCAAAUCACGCCUUGCACAGCUCAAGUCGCUCAAGAGAAAGCAAGAACAGAUAUCAGACGCGCCCGAGGCUGCCGAAUCGUCUGCUACCAAAGACCAAGCCGAGCCUUCGCAAGCUCUUACGCGUACCGAAGAUGACGCAGAAUCCUCUGUAGUGAAGACAUACCUCUCUGGCCGAAACUACGACCCCGAAACACGAAAUGUCAAGCUGGGCUUCGACAACCUGCCGAUUUCCGACCCCACCAACACACUAGAGUACAAGGCAGAACAGUUGGCGCUCGAGACAAAGGCCCAGCAAGAAGCAGAAAAGGCAGAAGACAAGGGGCUGGAUCUAUUCAAGUUACAACCCAAGAAGCCAAACUGGGACUUGAAGCGAGAUCUGGAUCAGAAGAUGAAGCCGUUGCAUGUGCAGACAGAUAAUGCCAUUGCCAAGCUGGUUAGGGAAAGAGUCGAGGCGCAAAAGGCGAUACGGGAGAAACAACCAAGAGACAAAAACACUGGUGACGAAGUGGGCAUGGAGGGCGCAGAGUUGGUCGAGGCUAUGCACUUGAAGGAGCAGGAAGAGGAACGGGAAAGGAGACGGGAGGCAGAAGAGGAGGAUAUAAGCUGAGGGAGUGCAGUGAGCCCAAGAGAGAUGCUCAACCACACGGCAUAACAGGCCCCAGCUCCGUGCAUAUUUGCGAGAGCCAGAUAGAUACCCCCAUAUCAGGUCUACCAGCCAUAAUCUGCUAAAUGCCCAUGCAAGGCAAGAAAGCAGCAGUGUAGCACGCGCCUGCAAUGAAAAGAAGCGAAGAGUCAUUGUCAUUUUUGACGACGCUUUCGAUCAAAUAGACAAUGUCUUAGUAUAAUUGAGGCAAACAAUACAAUCAAGUUGUCACAUUGC